AUGGCGAGUGACAUAGAAAAAGGUGAUUUUGGUGAUAGUGCUCGCAACAAGUCUCGAUAUGAACUGACACCAAAAAACUCAAAUCACAUAUUCAAUGGUGCUGGGGAAAAUAUUCAGUAUCACAGUGAUUCCGAGUCCACUAUUUCUAAAAAAAGUAAAACUCGUUACAUUAAUCCUGCUAUAUAUAUAGAGACUGUCGAAGCCUCCCGCUCUGUGACGUCAUUACAGACCGACUCUUCUUGUGUUGAUGACAUUACUCCCCAUCCUCAUAGCUCCUAUAGAAGUAAUUCAACCCCAUUUCUUACGGGAAGACUGUCUAGUACGUCUUCAAGCAGCGUCAAAAGGAAAUCUUGUAGAUUAUCACAAAACAUUGAGAAGGAUGAUAUAGAAGAGGAGUCACCGCGAUACGACAGGACAUAUCGAGAAGAUGGACCUGAUACAUUUCGACUAUCAGUCGCAUCUCUGUCUACAACCACAACGGCUAAAGAAGAACGUGAGCGAAAUGAAAAGAAAAGACAAGAGGCGUUUAAACAGUGGCUUGAGAGGAAAGAGCAAGAGAAGCGUGAAAAAGCACGACUUGAGAAGUUGAAACGCCAAACAGCGGCCACAACUUCGGCGGAACAACGCGAGGAAUCUUACCGGCGCUGGUUAGAACGGAAACGCACUCAACUUGAGCGCCAAAAGGCUGAGGAAAUCAUGCGUAAAUAUCGUGAAAACGAACGCCUUGAACAAGAGCGUAAUAGACGGCAACAGGAUAGAGAUGAGAAACUGGCGGAAUGGAUCAGAAAAAAAGAAGAGGAAAUGAAAACAAUGAAAACUCGCGCUGAGCGUCGAAGUGCGCGCGCCGCUAUUGAGGAGCAAAGGCGGCGGGUCCAAGGUGAACAAGCUUACCGUGAUUGGUUACGCACCAGCAAGAACAAGCCCCUGCCAGUACCUCUGAAUCAAGGAGAACUUAGUAUGCGGGGUUCUGUUUCACAGAUGUAUAUCAAUCCUAUUCCGUGGCAAUCCACAAAUUGA